CUUACGUUUUCGAGGUCAUGACUUGAAGAUGAGUUGAACAAGAUGAGUUGUUUUCUUGCAUGUGAAACAGCGAUAUUAAAUAACCGCUCCAAAUACUGGUACCUGCAAUGGGUGAUAAUCUGCAUUUUCUCUAGGGCUGCUAGACAAUUCCUCCUUUGCCUUUGGAAAAACAGUGGCCAUUUCUGUAUUGUCCAAGUUAAAGUAAUCCUGUAGACUUCAAAUCCAUUACACUCGGUCAUUGAGCGGCUAGGUACCAUCUGCUGCUAAUUUCUUUGCAAGUUCUUGGUUUUAUUACCGUUAUUCCUCAGAGCAGGAUGGGGAGCUGUCUGUCUAAAUUUUUCACUUCCUGAUCUCUUCCGUCGAUAACCUUUUUUGCUGUGGUGUGUUGGAGACAGUUUUGCCAAGAAGCAUAUGAACUCUGCUAUUGUAGAAUAGAUUCAUUCCUGCAAAAGGGAUUGCUGCACCGAGUGUAACAUGUAAGGGAGGAGGAGGAAAAUCUGUAUUUUAUCCAAAGAGCAAGGAUUGAGGAUGUGAAGCUUCUCAGACACUUUUUUCCCAAGGGUGUACAGUCUUCUGUCAUUAUAAAAUGAGGGUGUGUUUUUCAGCUUGCAGAUUAUUUCAUGUUUUUACCGUGAUUGAGUUUAUUUGAUUAAAUUCAGUGUGUUUGGAGUUACUUUUGAAGCGAAAGUGAAACUGACUAGAAAGUAAAAAUGGUUAUUUUUAAUUUUUGAGACUUUUCUAUAAAUAGUGGAAGAGGAAUGGGUAAAAGAUGAAUUGUUCUAAGAACAAGAUUAAUAUUAAAGCUAUAAUACAUGUGCACAGGUUAAAAAAAACCCAACACAGUAGUAGAAGGAACAGGGAGCUAGGGAGUUAUUUUCAGCCUACUGGUGUUGCAUAAAAAGAUGGUAAUCUAAGGUUAUCAUGUUCAGCACAAUCAAUGUAUCCCAAGAAUUCACUGAAUCAAACCGUUUUCAGGAACAAAAUUAAUAAUUAUGUAGAGCAAGAGUUCUAGAAGUUUUAUUGAAAAGAGUUUAUAAUCAGUUUUACACACAGAAACCUUCUAUAGCGUUUGAAAAUCAGCCUCAUUUUGGCCUUUAUUUGGUAGCAGUGUGUUCUGUAGGAUUCAAAUUUCUUAUUGUUGUUGUCUGCCUUUAUGGAAAACUCUUUUGCAACUUGUAGAUAUAAAAUGGUUUUUUCACUGUCCGCAUUUGUCUGGAAAUCCAGUAACAUUAUGACUUUCAACUUAUUUCAAGAUUGCUUUAUAUUAUGUAUUUUCAAAUCUUAAUAUGGCCAAAUUUCUGUCCAAAGAUCUUAAAAAUGUAUAUCUGAAAGCCUGUCUGUUCCCAGUAUAGCUGAAAUUACAUGAAGAACAAUUAGCAUAACACUUUCAACUCGGAUAAAUCAUGUCUGGAUCUUUAGACAGCUUUGUUCAGUCAGAUUCAUCUUGUUGCUGUGACUCAGUCGAUGGCACACUCGCAUAAAAGCUGGCACCGGUCCGUGGGAACCUGUCUCUAUCAGAUACUGAUGUGAAAUCUUUCAGAAGUGAUCAACGCAAGAAAUGCUGCCUUAGAAUCACAUACUCAACCUGACCAUGUGGAAGUUAAACAUUCUUUGGCGUGAUUUUUAGACCUCUUCCCCCACCUCGUUUUGUUAUUGCCUUCAGCUGAUCUUAAAGAAUGGGGAUGGUGAGGAGUAGGGUACAGGAGCAAUUGCAAGAUGGGAGUGAUGGGAUAAAUAGUGAUUUUUGAGGGUAACUCAGAAACUUUUUGUAAUUACUCUGCUGAAAUACCUGAUUAGGUGUAGGGCAAUUUACUGGCUAGCACACCAACUGCCAAGGCUAGAUUCUGUCUUCAUCAAACAACUGUCCUAGUGUCCCACUUCAUGCUUUUUCAUAAGGUUGUCCCUCUGUUUCUUUGUCUUGUUCCCCUUCCCUCCCCCAUCUUUCCUGUUUUUAUUUUUCCCUUUGCUUCUUUCUUAGGGCGUUUGCAGCAGCAGCAGCACGGUGUGGUUAUGUAAAAUCCUCCCUCUGUAUGGGGUCAGAGCAUGGCAUGUAAUCAGGUUCUCUGCAGCCCAGCUCCCUGCCAGACUGGGAUGUGAUGGGUUUUGUUCUCUGCUAAUCUCUCCAGAGCAGCGGACAAUGAACUGCCAAUUGAAAACUGUGACGAGAGGAUUAGUGAGCAUCUGUUCAAAGAGAAAGGGUGUUUUUGAAGAGUGGAGAACUUUCCUCAUUUAGUGAAAGCUUGAAUAGUGCAGGUCCUUGCGUUAACAGCAGGACCCACCGUGCCUUUCCUGACCAUGUGGUUGUCUGCUGAAUCACUGUCAGGGUCUGGUUUGUAAAGCCCUCUGGAGUAUCUGAUUUUUAUGAAGAACCUAGUAAGUUCAGUUUCAAACCAUUCUGUGCAUGUGAACAAACUGGAAGUAAACUUAUAUGUAAAAAUGGAAGGAGUAAGAAUUAACUUGUAAAAUUGUCGCAAAGUACUUUGAAGAUUACUGAAUGCAUGCAAGAGAAAACGUGGUGCUCAGGUGAAUAUUAGUGUUUCUGUCGUGUUUGAACUCAAAAGGCUUGGUUUUUUACAAUAUAGUUCUUAAACGCUUGCUAUUCAGGCGUUCUUUAGUGUGCUCAGCCUGUCCUGGAUAUCUCACCUAGAAUUUGCCUCAUCAGCUCUCCCUAUAUUCUUGUUUUACUGUUUUCCUCUGAAGCUUUCUGCAGUGCUUUUCUGUCUUCUGCCUCAGAUACUUUUAAACCUCUUUUCAUCCCCAUGUUUCUCAAUCUCUUAUUCUUAACCAAAUUUACACAAUUAAGCUUACUUUACGUGACUCCAGCAUAUGUGGAUCUUAACAGCAUGGCUGAAAUACGAGUUCAGAUGUAUUGAUAACAGAAUAUGUAGCAAACUCUAUAAAGCAGUUACUUUUCAAAGAUGGAGUUCUAUGUGGGUUUUGUGUCCUUUAUGUAUCUCUCAGAGAAUCCAUUAUUUUUCUCCAUAAAUGCAUAAUUUUGUAACGCGCUGCUACCGAGGAGGAAAAAACAAGUGCUUUUCAAGUUAAAGUAGAAAAAACUUUGUGUGCUGUUGAAACAGGACUCUGGAUUGAGUAGGCAGCUGGGAUAGACACGUGCUCAUAACUUUGACUUUUUUUUUCCCCCUUCUGUUUCCAGUACAAGAGAAAUUGCCUUCUGCAGAACUGGUCUGUUCAAGGAAAGAUCCUUGCUUUCAUUUUGUCCUUUCCAUUCCUCCCCAAAUGUACCUGUUCUCUUAGAAGCCGAUUUCAUCUGGAGCUAUGCAAUUGGUGCCUGUUUCUUUUUCAAGUCAUUAUGUGUUUUAUGUGCAUCUGAGUGGCGCUGCUGGAGAAGCAAAACUGCUCUGCAGAGAUUUGAAAGGGCUUUACCGCAUCGGGGACCUGAGAACAGCGUAUUCCUGGUGGAAUGUUUUCAUGUGUUUGAAUUGCUUUAAAUUUUGUGUAUCUAUCCCAAGGCUGAAAGAGUAUGGGGAGAAGUAUUACAGUUUAUUUCUGCUUUGCACUAAAAAAAAAGAACAUUUUUAUGAGAUAUAUCCAUUGCACCAUAAAAUAUACUGUGGAUAUCAAUUACUGAAACUUUAAGUAAAUGCAGUUGAACCAAAUACUUAAAUACGAGGAUAGUAUUUUAGUGGGACGUGAGGCAGAUCUUUCUCUCUUGCGUUUAUUGUUUUAGGAUCUUUAACUACCACAUGUGGUCACGGUACCAAAAUGUCAGUUCUGAACCAAGGAAGACGCGGUAUGCUGAAUUGUCUGGUGUUUCUCAGCUUGAAGAAGAUCUGCAGUCAUUAUUGAUCCUCUUUCUUGGCGUUACCAUUUUUGAAGUGAAGUUUGCCUAGCUUUCUAGUGUGAGCUCUCUUUUCAGCCAUCUUAUAAAAAAAGAACAAAUUUUUUUUGAUCCAUAAAGUAGACAAGCUAUAGUUCUACAAUGUCCAAGUCAUUCCAGCAGUCAUCUCUGAGUAGGGAUUCACAAGGUCAUGGGCGUGACCUCUCUGCAGGAAUAGGCCUUCUUGCUGCUGCUACCCAGUCUUUAAAUAUGCCAGCAUCUCUUGGAAGGAUGAACCAGGGUACUGCACGCCUUGCUAGCUUAAUGAAUCUUGGAAUGAGUUCUUCAUUGAACCAACAAGGAUCUCAUAGUGCACUGUCUUCUGGUAGUACCUCUUCCCAUAAUUUGCAGUCUAUAUUUAACAUUGGAAGUAGAGGUCCGCUCCCUUUGUCUUCUCAGCACCGUGGAGAUGCAGACCAGGCCACUAACAUUUUGGCCAGCUUUGGUCUGUCUGCUAGAGACUUAGAUGAACUGAGUCGCUAUCCCGAGGACAAGAUUACUCCUGAAAACUUGCCUCAGAUCCUUCUACAACUUAAAAGGAGGAGAGCUGAAGAAGGUUAUGGUAGAGAUGGCAGAUCAUCCACACGGGAACCACCGUACAGAGUACCUAGGGAUGAUUGGGAAGAAAAAAGGCAUUUUAGAAGAGAUAGCUUUGAUGAUCGUGGUCCUAGCCUCAACCCAGUGGUUGACUAUGACCAUGGAAGUCGUUCUCAAGAAUCUGGUUAUUAUGACAGAAUGGAUUAUGAAGAUGACAGAUUAAGAGAUGGAGAAAGGUGUAGGGAUGAAUCUUUUUAUGGUGAGACUUCGCAUAACUAUCAUAAAUUUGACAGUGAGUAUGACAGAAUGGGUCGUGGUCCUGGUCCUGAGAGAUCUCUCUUUGAGAAAAAGAGAGGUGCUCCUCCAAAUAGCAAUAUUGAAGACUUCCAUGGAUUCUUACCGAAGGGUUAUCCCCAUCUGUGCUCUAUAUGUGAUAUGCCAGUUCAUUCUAAUAAGGAGUGGAACCAUCAUAUCAAUGGAGCGACUCACAGCCGACGUUGUCAGCUGCUGCUUGAAAUAUACCCAGAAUGGAAUCCUGACAGUGAUUCAGGGCAUGGAAUGGGUGAUCCCUUUAUGUUGCAGCAGUCCACAAACCCUGCACCAGGAAUUCUGGGACCACCACCCCCCCCAUUUCACCUUGGAGGACCUCCUGUUGGGCCAAGAGGAGCUGGCAAUGGAAAUAUGCAAGGACCGAGACACAUGCAAAAGGGCAGAGUGGAAACAAGCAGAGUUGUUCACAUCAUGGAUUUCCAGAGGGGAAAGAACUUGAGAUACCAGCUGCUUCAGCUUGUUGAACCAUUUGGAAUAAUUACAAAUCACCUGAUCCUAAACAAAAUCAAUGAGGCAUUUAUCGAAAUGUCGACCACUGAAGAUGCCCAGGCUGCAGUAGAAUACUACUCAACAACACCCGCACUGGUAUUUGGUAAACCAGUCAGAGUCCACCUGUCACAGAAAUACAAAAGAAUAAAGAAACCUGAGGGUAAACCUGACCAAAAAACUGAGCCGCCGAAACCAGAACUUGGUCGUGUGAUUCACCUCAGCAAUUUACCUCAUUCGGGAUACUCUGACAACGCAGUACUCAAACUGGCUGAACCGUAUGGGAAAAUAAAGAACUACAUACUCAUGAGAAUGAAAAGCCAGGCUUUCAUUGAGAUGGAGACCAGAGAAGAUGCUUUAGCUAUGGUUGAGCAUUGUGCCAACAAAGCGCUUUGGUUCCAAGGCAGAUGUGUGAAAGUGGAUUUGUCUGAAAAAUACAAGAAACUGGUGUUAAGGAUUCCAAACAAAGGAGUUGAACUGCUGAAAAAGGAUAAAACUAGAAAGAGAACGUAUUCUCCAGAGAGCAAAGAUUCCCCAAGUGAUAAGAAGUCUAAAACAGAUGCUACUCAGAAACCUGAAAGUGGCAGUGUAGAAGAUAAAGCGAAAGAGGAGAAACAAGAUGAUGCUGCUGAGCCAUCGGGCGCUAAAAGUAGUGAACAGGCAGACCAAGAUGAGCCUAGUUUACUGCUUGAAUCUGAAGAUGAGCUGCUAGUGGAUGAGGAGGAAGCAGCAGCACUGUUAGAAAGUGGCAGCUCCGCAGGAGAUGAUGCAGAUGUUGCCAAUUUAGGUGAUGUGACUACUGAAGAAAAAAAGGACACAGCUGAUGAUGUGACCGUAAAAACUGAGGGGAAUGUUGUGGCCAAUCCAGCAGCAAAGAAAAAGCUUAAAAAGCGAUACGUGGGUGGCUUUCCGCGGAGCAUGGAAGGUUUUGUCACUCUAGAUGAGGUUGGUGAUGAAGAAGACUCGGAUCAUCAAAAACUCCGCAAGUCGGGUUUGGCAGUAAAAUCUGCUGGCAAAAAUGAUGAUAGUUUGGCAGAAAUCAAGGUAGACAAGAUUGAGGAGCCAGAACAGGAAAAUGAAACGUUAGAAAAUGGAACCAAAACUGAAGAUAAUUUGAAGGCUGAAACUGUUGAAGCUUCUGAUACCACAACAGCACAGGAUACUGAGAAGAAUGCCCAUGAAAAUGCAGACACCCAGGAUGAACAGGAAACAAAGAAUGUCCAAGAGAAACCUCUGGUUCCAGAUGAAUUUAGGAUUGGGCCGUACCAGCCAAACAUUCCUGUUGGUGUGAAUUAUGUGGUACCCAAAACAGGGUUUUAUUGCAAAUUGUGUUCCCUGUUCUACACAAAUGAAGAUGUUGCAAAAAAGACCCAUUGCAGCAGCCUUCCUCAUUAUCAAAAGUUGAAGAAAAUUCUGGAUAAAAUGGCAGAAGACCACAGACAAAAGAAAGAAGCUUAAAAGGAAGGAAGGAAGGAUGUAAGGAAAACAGUGGCUUUGUUUUUAAUGUUAAUCUUUUUUAAAAGCAGUACAAGUAGUAGAUGGAAAUACUGUAUUCUUUUUUUUUGUUUGUUUUAGUGAAAUACAGUAGGCAUUAUAGGUCUGUUCAUGUGUUAAAUGUUGUAGCAAAAAGCAUACGCAGUUAAGUUAAUGACAAAAAUUUGUUCUUAAUGUGAGAAUGGCAACAAGUUUUUGUUUUGACACUUCAAGCUAGUAAAGAAAAAAAUCUUGCACCCUUGUGGAAAGCUCAUCUAUGGGAAGAAAACUUCAUUUACGUGAAACUUGCUAUUUUCAAGCUUCAGAAUUUGUCUUUCAAUUCCAUUCUCAAUAAAAAAUAAAAAGUAACACUGUAUUUUUAUUUUAUCUAGAACAUUCCAUAUUUCAGUCUGAGCCUAGCAGAUACUUAAUUUGGAGCAUAAGGCUGUCAUUGCAUUUCACUUUCGAAAAGUCUUUAAAUGUAAGUUGCAUUUUUAAAUGUUGAAUUGCAGUUUCUUUUAAUGUCAUUGCUGUUAUAUAGCAAAUAGGAAAAUUAGUGAUUAGUCAGCUUUACAACUUUGUGAUUUUUUUUUCCUAAGCUCUUGAUAGACUUUCCUAUUCAGCUAUUCCGUGUAUUUUUAGUGAGAAGUAAAUGCCCAUUCUCCUCUGACCAGUAUUAUUUCCUUGAGCUCUUCCUGCUUUUACUUGAAUCUUGUAGCUGUCGUACAUCUCUAGUAUAUUCAAAAGCAGCAUUUGAGUCCUGAAAUGUAAAAAGGUAUCUUUAUAUUCUUCACAUGUAAUUUUUUCAUACCUGCGUUUUAAAACCAUUUUUGUUAAAAUCUGGUUUCGUCAAGAAUCUUUAGAACUGUGCUCUUAAUGUACCUGCACAUGUGAGAUGUGAACAGGAAUUUGCAUGUGUAACCUGUGUUUAUAUGUAGUUUUUGUUAUUUACUGCUUAUUUGUGAAUUCAGGUUACUAAAGUGAUUUACCAAUAAACAAAGCUAGGCAACGGUAA